AGAAUCAAGGAUUCUUAUAGAAAAGUAAUGACCACUAAUUUGUCUCAACCACCAGUUGUGCAACUCUGCUAUGAGAAUGUGAAUGGAUCUUGCAUCAAAACCCCUUACUCCUCAGGAUCUAGAGUCAUUCUCUAUGCUGUGCUUGGCUUUGGGGCAGUGCUAGCAGUAUUUGGCAACUUGCUGGUCAUUACCGCCAUACUUCACUUCAAGCAGCUGCACACACCUACAAACUUCCUCAUCGCCUCCUUGGCCUGUGCUGAUUUUUUAGUUGGGGUGACUGUGAUGCCCUUCAGUACAGUGAGGUCUGUGGAGAGCUGCUGGUACUUUGGGGAGAGUUACUGUAAAUUUCACACAUGUUUUGAUACAUCCUUUUGCUUUGCAUCCCUCUUCCAUUUGUGUUUCAUCUCCAUUGACAGGUAUAUUGCUGUCACCGACCCUCUGGUCUAUCCAACCAAGUUCACAGUGCCUGUUUCUGGGAUAUGCAUUGCCCUCUCCUGGUUCUUUUCAGUGACAUACAGCUUUUCUAUUUUUUACACGGGGGCCAAUGAAGAUGGAAUAGAGGACUUGGUAAUUGCACUUACUUGUGUAGGAGGUUGUCAGGCUCCACUGAAUCAGAAUUGGGUUCUACUUUGUUUUCUUUUAUUCUUUGUACCCACAGUUGCCAUGAUCAUUAUAUAUGGCAAGAUUUUUCUGGUGGCUAAACAGCAGGCUAGGAAGAUAGAAAGCAGCAGCAGCCAAACCCAAUCUUCUGCAGAGAGCUAUAAGGACAGAGUGGCCAAAAGAGAGAGAAAGGCUGCUAAAACACUUGGGAUUGCCAUGGCUGCCUUUCUUGUUUCCUGGUUGCCAUAUAUUAUUGAUGCAGUAAUUGAUGCUUAUAUGAAUUUCAUAACUCCCCCUUAUGUCUAUGAGAUCUUAGUGUGGUGUGUUUAUUACAAUUCAGCUAUGAAUCCCUUAAUUUAUGCCUUCUUUUAUCCUUGGUUUCGGAAAGCAAUAAAGCUGAUUGUGAGUGGCAGAGUCUUAAGGAAUGAUUCUUCAACAAUGAAUUUGUUUUCUGAGGAAGCAGAAAUAGAUUGA